AUGUCACUACAGAAGAGUCGCUUCUUUGAGUGUUUUUACUCUGAAAAAAUGGCAGAAUCAUUUGAGGACGUAAUCCUUGAGGAGAGAGAAGAGUUCAUGGUUUCACCUACAGGUGGAAACCCAACUCUCAGAAAUGCCCAUUUUUUGAAACCCAUUGUAACCUCCAUUGAUGGACCACCCUUGAAGCUCUCUUCGCUCUCUCUCUCCUCUGAAUCUGAGUGGCCAUUGAAGGUUUCCUUCAACGGAUGGCGAGAUCNUUCACCUACAGGUGGAAACCCAACUCUCAGAAAUGCCCAUUUUUUGAAACCCAUUGUAACCUCCAUUGAUGGACCACCCUUGAAGCUCUCUUCACUCUCUCUCUCCUCUGAAUCUGAGUGGCCAUUGAAGGUUUCCUUCAACGGAUGGCGAGACCCUCUACUUAAGUGGAAAACAUGGGUCGAUCGCAUGCAUUCUUUAUACCAAUAUGUAUGGAAAGAAGCUGGAAUCUAUGAAGCUAUCAUGGGUUCUACAUACAAAAUCUAUAGAAACUAUUAUUUGGUUUUUGGGCUUGCGGAGAGAUGGUGUUGGGAGACGAAAACAUUUGUGUUUCCUUGGGGCGAGGCAACGAUAACAUUGGAAGAUAUGAUGAUUUUAGGGGGAUUCUCUGUUUUGGGUGCCCCUGUUUCAAAGCCUCUUGAAACCCAAGAAUUGGUUGAAAUCGAAGAAAAUCUGAAGCAAGCCCACAAAGACCUCGUUAAAUCAAAAUCACAGAAGGCACAUCAUUUUCAAUGGAUUAAUUGCUUUAUGGGUACUGGAAGCAAAUUUGAACAUGUAGCAUUUCUUUCUCUUUGGUUAUCGAGGUUUGUUUUCCCUGGAAAUGGCUAUAACACUGUUGGGAAAUAUGUUUUUCCAAUUGCAAUUCACCUAGCCAGAGGGACUCGGAUUGCGCUUGCUCCACCUGUUCUUGCGAGCCUCUACAGAGAUUUGAGUUUAUUAAAAGAAGCCAUUUCUGCUUCAGCCGAGUUGGGUGGUGAUGAAAGUGAAAACAGCUUUUUAGCACUUAGUGUUUGGGCACCUUUGGCAUUGGUUCAAAUCUGGGGUUGGGAGAGAUUACCACCAUUGCAGCCAAAACCCAAUUUCCUAAACUUCGGCGAUCCAAGAUUGGCUCGGUGGCAUCAGAUGAAGAAGUUGAAUAUUGGGAAUGUGAGAUUGGCUAUAGACUCUUCUGCAGAUAGUUUUCUAUGGCGCCCAUAUGCCAUAGCUGUUGACAACUGGUUGAUGCCUAAGUUUUACAAAGAAAAAGAAGAGUGGGUAUCUGGCAAUCUUGUUUGGGAUGAAGAAUUUGAAUCUUUUGCUAGAUGUCUGAGGGUUUGUGAGCUUGUUGGCAUAGACUGCAUAGAACAGUAUCUCCCACAUCGAGUUGCAAUGCAAUUUGGGAUGGACCAGGAUCUACCAGGAUGGGUUUCUCAGUCGGAUUGGACUCCAGAAAUUGCCUGGCAGAAUUACAGCAGACCCAUCAGGGAUGUAAAACUGUACAUUCCACCUAGGCUCUUUGAGUCAGAUGUAACUAUCCAAUACGCACAAUGGUGGAAACAGUCAGUUUUAGCUCCACAGGAUGCUAUUACAGGUGUUGUGAGACGUCCAAGGACUUUGAGGAGAUCAAAAAGAUUGUGCAACAUAUCCGAAAGAAUGAAAGGAGGCAACGAAGCUGAUGUUCCUCCAAAACGUGUAGAUAUAGGAGGAAAUCAGAACACAAUGCUACACAAUUUGAAAGGAUGGAAAGGAAUCAACAAUGCUGAUGUCCCUUCUGACUUUCCUCCCAUGUGUGUAGAUGUGGAAGGAAAUCAAAACACACUGCUACAGAAUCUGAAAGGAAGAAAAGGAGGCAACAAUGCUGAUGUUCCUCCUGGCUUUCCUCCAAUGUGUGUAGAUGUGGAAGGAAAUCAAAACACACCGCUACAGAAUCUUAAAGGAAGAAAAGGAGGCAACAAUGCUGAUGUUCCUCCUGGCUUUCUUCCCAUGUGUGUAGAUGUGGAAGGAAAUCAAAACACACUGCUACAGAAUCUGGAAGGAAGAAAGGGAGGCAAUGAUGCUGAUGUUCCUCCUGGUUUUCCUCCCAAACGUGUAAAUGUAGAAGAAAAUCAACACACUUCGCGACACAACUUUAGAGACAGGAAAGGUGGCAGCGAUGCUUAUGUUCCUCCUGGCUUUCCUCCCAUAUGUGUAAAUAUUGACGGACAUCAAUAUACUUUGCUACACAAGUUGAAAGAAAUGAAAGGAGCCAUCAAUGUUGAUGUUCCUCCGGGUUUUAUGCCAAAACCUGCCAGCGGGGUCGAAAAUCUUCAAAACCCUGUGGGAAUAUUGCAAGCUAAGAACAAGCAUCACAGUGGAGAGGAAAGACUUACUUGUAAUGACAAGCAUUUUCUGGCUGCUCAAUUUCAAUUUCUGUCAUCUUCAACUGCGAAAAUUCAUCAUUCUGUGAAAGUUUUCCAAAAUUGUGAUGAGAGCCUGGCAUUGAAAUUCACAAUGUUACCCAUUUUGAAGGCACAAACCUUUGUUCAAAAGACAAAAAGGAAGUUUGACGUACUGGCAGACCCAUUACCUGAAGGGAACUUCUACCCCAUUAGGGGCCCUUACCAAGCUCUUGCAAUAGCAGCAAUGUGCCUCCAAGAGGAAGCUAGUGUUCAGCCUUUGAUCAGCAAUAUAGAAUGGUUGGCUGAAAUAGCGGAUAGAAAGGAAGAUGAGCUACUUUUUGCUUUCCAUGUUAGAAGAAAAACUCUUGAGAAAGUCAUUGGCAAAAAGCAUUCAGGUUCACACAGAAGGCCUUCAGGUUGGAAUAGUAGGAUGAUAAUUGCCGAAGGGGCUGCCAGAGGAUUGGAAUACUUGCAUGAAACAGCUAACCCUCCUGUGAUUUACCGGGAUUUCAAAGUGUCUAACAUACCAGGGUUAUGGGGACUUACAACUAUUGAAGGAGAGUCAGUGACAACUCAAGGCCUGGUGAAGAGCAGACCCUUGUUUCUUGAAAUUCAUCAUUCUGUGAAAGUUUUCCAAAAUUGUGAUGAGAGCCUGGCAUUGAAAUUCACAAUGUUACCCAUUUUGAAGGCACAAACCUUUGUUCAAAAGACAAAAAGGAAGUUUGACGUACUGGCAGACCCAUUACCUGAAGGGAACUUCUACCCCAUUAGGGGCCCUUACCAAGCUCUUGCAAUAGCAGCAAUGUGCCUCCAAGAGGAAGCUAGUGUUCAGCCUUUGAUCAGCAAUAUAGUAACUACCCCUUGA